AUGAAUUUUAGUGUACUUGAUGCCGUUCUUAAUGAUGACGAAGAAUGGUUCAAUAUUCCACCAGUAGUACGUAAUUUUCUUCGUCAAUUGAGUAAUGAAGUACAGAAUAAUCGUAUUACAUGUGAUAGUUUGCUACAGAAUACACAUGAACAUGAUAAGCUACUUAAGGGUAUUGUAUCGAAACAAAUGGAACGUGAAUUUGAAAUAACAAAGACUGUAUUGUCUUUACAGCAGGAACGUCAAGAAUCUGAAGUUGGUUUUCGUGACAUUGUAGAAAACCUUCGGGAUCAAAUGCGUCAUAUAAAUGAGGAAAAUCAACAAACACGAGAACGUAUUCGUCAAAUUGAAGAAAAAGAACAUCAAACAAUUGCUACACUUAGUUCAUUACGUCUGCAGAGUAAUAAUUUAUCAAAAACGGUAAAUCAACGUUUGAUAGAAUUUGAAACUCUAUUACAUAAAGGAUUAGAAAGUUUAUCGAACGAUCUUGGAGAGUUAAAUAAGGAAACUCAAUUACUCUCAGAGAAACAAGAUAAUACAGUAUUGGAGAGUAGGAAGGAACUGGAACGGUUUAAUGUAGCUUUGCAACAAUUAUGUGAUGCCAUCUCAGAGGAAGUUGAUAAUCUAAGAAUUCAAAUUCAUGAUCAUGAAAAACGUCUGAUAGAUAUAAAAGAGUUUACUCAUGAAGAUAAAGUAAAGGAUGAAAAACAAGUUAAAGCCUAUGUUCGACUUCGUGAAAAGUUAUCUGAUCUUAUUAAUACAAUAAAACAAGUUGAAACUUCUUCAGAUGAUCGUUUUGAGUCAGUGUUUGCUACUUUAGCAAAGUUACAAUCAUUGACUGACAAGUUUGCUAUAUUUUUUCAACAACGUGGUGAUGAUCAUAGUUCAUUAAAAACAAUAUUAGAGGAAACUCGAGAAAUGCAGCAUGUAUUAGGUGAUGAACUGAGAAGGAACCUGGAUGAACAGUCAAAAAAGAAUCGAAAGGAGAUGGAAUCGUUAAAGGAAGAUAUUAUUGAUCUGAAAAAUUCAAAAGAUGGUUUUAUUAACCUCUUAAAUGAAGAAAAUGCAACAACUAAGUCUGAUAUAGAUGAUAUGCGUCAACGCUUAGAUACUUUGAAAUGCCUUAUACCGAAAAGUAAUAUGAAAGAAGAAAUAGAGACUCUUAUAGAUGCUGCUAUGGAAAAGGGAAAGAUGGUACAAGAAGAAAUGCAUAAAGAAUUUCAACGUUCUAUUUCUUAUCAAGAAAAAAAUACUGAGGAAGAACUAAAAUAUCUCAAAACAAGAAUUAUUGAACUUGAAAAAAAGUAUGAACAUAGUUUAACUACUUUAAAGAGUAGUAAUAAUGAUGAUAUAGAAGGUACAUUGCAACUAUUGAUGAAACAAGUUAAGAAUAUGAAAGGAGCUCUAGAUUCUUUACGUGAAGAUGUUGACACUGUCAAUGAUACAGUGAAGAAUUAUCAAGAAAAAUCUAUUUUGACACUUAAUUCUCAUAAAGAAACUCAAGUAAAUAGUUUAUUAAAUCAUAUACAAGGAAUGAUUGACUAUGUAUCAAAAUCAGAGUUUAUAGAAAUGACAAUAUCUAUUGAAGAGAUAAAACGUAAGUUUAGUACAUUUGAGAAUCAAUUAAAUAAUAUGAUGCAAGAUGUUUCACGUUUUGAAAACCAAACAAAAGAAAUUCCAAAAACUUAUCAGGGUUAUAUUGAAGUAGUUGAACGAAAAUUAUCUCCUGCAUUAAUUGAAUUAGAUGUUUUACGUAAACGUAUGGCAUCAUUGGAGAUCAAACCUAAAUUAACUGAACCUCGUGAAGAUUUACGUAUUUCAUCAACUACAGUUCCUGAGGAGGAGGAUGAUCUUGAUGGUUUACGGUUAAAGCUUGGACAUAAUCAGAUACUUCAAUCUACUCAACGACAAAUUCAAGCUGUGGAUGUUCGAUUAGAUAGUCUCCAAACGCUUGUUCAAAGUCUUGAAAGAAAGGUAGGAUCAUUAUCUAGGGAACUUACUACUGUUUCUGAAAUUACUACUUCCCUAGGUGAACAAGAGCAGCAGAAGGAUCAUACUAUGCGAAAUGAACUUAAACAUAUUUUAACUCAAUUACAGAAUAUCAAAGAUGAAAUAGAGGCAACUGAUAAAAAAGUUGAGUCAAAUCAAAAGUUUAUACAGAAUAUCUCAACAAACACAAAAUCUCUGGAAGAAGCUCUUGAGACGAUAAGUAAUGAAAUAGUAGGAUUGGAAAAAGACUUAAAAGACUGUGUAAAAAUAUCUUCUGUAGAAUGGAAUGAUAUUUGGAACAAAAAUUUAACCUCAUUGAACAAUAAUUCAAAUGAUAAAUUAAAUAAAUUAUCUAAUGAUUUGGAAACACUUGCACCAUUGCGAAGGGUCAUAGAGACGGAGGAAAUGUUGUUACAGAUGCGUAAAGAACAAGAAGAACUUGCUUCUCGAUUAGAUAAAAGAGAAAAAAUUAUGAUGGAAAACACAGAAUUUGAAUCUCUUUAUCAAAAUAAUAAAGAAAUCAAUCAACUACUAUCUUCAGUGGAAAACCGUGUUAAAUCUUUAGAAGAAGAGCUAUAUAAAGAUCAAAAACAUGUCUUAACUAAUGUUAAUAGUACACUAAGUUCUCUUGCACUUCGUAUUCAAUCUUGUGAAACUAAUUUAAAUCAAUUCCAAACCAGUGAAUUAUCUACAAGAAGACCGUUGGAUGAAGACAAUAAAUUGUCUCAAACUGUUGACGCUUUAAAGGAACGUUUAAUACAGUUAGAAAGUUCAAUUAUUUCCCUUCGUAAAAUCGAUGAGAAUUCUGUAUCCAAUAUAAACAUUUCCCUAUUAAUGGAUCGUUUGAAAUCUCUAGAAAAUGAUUUACUGACCUGCAAAACGGAUGUUAAAGAAGGUUAUAAGGACGUUUCUUUAUGUAAGGAGCGUAUAAAACAACUGGAAGAACAAAUUGCUUCUUGUAAAGAUGAAAAAGAAAAGAAACAUUCAUUUUCUAUUGAUAGUGAUGCUGUUGUUGUUGUUCCUAAAGAUUCUCCUUUUAACACUACCUUGACAGAGGUGAUGGAACGCCUCUCAAAGUUUGAGGUUACUGUAGAGGAAAUUAAACAAGUCUUACUUUCUCAAAGAAAUGAUCUACAGAGUAUGUAUACCAAAUGUCAACUGGAUGCACGUUUUGAAAGUUUUUGGGCUUCUGUUAUUGCAUUACUUACACGUAAAGAAGAUCAGGAAACAGUAGAUCAAAAAGUAGCAGAACUGCGACGUUCAUUAACAGACGAUGUUCGUCUGCAGAUCAAUCAUACAGUACGAGAAUUACGACGUGCCAUAGAUGAAUGUGUACGUGUUAAAGAGGUGCGAGAGUUAGUAAAAAGCAUUAACGAAUAA